GACAUCCAUUUGAUUUGGUCAAAGUACGACUGCAAACCGCUCCUGAAGGAACGUACAGUGGUAUGAUUGAUGUUAUAAAAAAAACAAUCGCAAAGGAUGGAAUAACUGGUUUAUAUCGUGGUAUGGGUCCUCCAUUAGCUGGUAUAACCCCGAUUUUCGCAAUAAGCUUUUGGUCUUAUAACCUUGGUAAAAAUCUCGUAUACUCUUUUACUCCAAAUCGCGAAUCGCGAGAGCUCAGUUCAUUGGAAUAUACAAUUGCUGGUGGUAUAUCUGCUGGUCCAACCACAUUAGUAAUGGCUCCAGUUGAAAGGAUUAAAGUGUUAUUACAAAUUCAAGGUCAGGGUGGUGAU